GAAACUCUAACCAAUAAACAGCCUUCAAUUAAGACAUACCCUCCCCUUAUGCUAAUUGCUAAUUGCUCAUUGGAUACAAGCUGGGAACAUCUGCCCACGCAAGAACCAUACAAGCUUCCGGAGAAGAAGUCAGUGGACGGACUUUUUAAUCCGGUUACGUACCUUGGUAUGCAAAUCAGCACGGCGUCAAAGAAGAAAUGAACUAUGUCACGCACAACACAAAUCGACAUACCCAUGCCACUAACUUUGGGUUUAGUCUGCGAAACAAUGAAGCAUGCACCUGCGUUUGUGUCCAACAACUUACUAUCUAAUAGUACGACAAUUGCCAACAUCCGCUCUCGUGACACCGCCCACAUCUGUCUAUCGACCCGCCCACAUCCGUUGUGAGAGCACCAGGCCUGAUUAGUUCGGCGUUUGUGCACUAACGCCAACUGUUCACACCGGUCCUAUUGAUUAGUGUAACGUCAUUCUAACGACGUAGAGAGUAGCAUUGCAACCGCAAUAGUGGCGUUAGUGGUUCCACUUGACUUUGGCACAUGAGGUAGUGUAAAGAGAAAAACAUGCCGUCGAUGUUUCUGAUGUGGUGUUGUAUCAGAAGUACAUACGGGAAAGCGUCUCGAACCGAGGCUAGUUCGAGCUGUCGGUGUGAACAUGGUCUCGCACUGUAGAGGCUCCGACUCGGGUCAAUGAUUUAUGUACAGUACACGUACCAGUACUGUACACGUCUAGUCACGUAGUCUACUGCUGGAUUGUUCGUUGGUGAAGGCUGUUGCGCGAGUCUGUUGCAUUCUGCCAAGUUCCGUAGUCCAGAGAAGAUACUCGAACAUGAAAACAUACAGCAACUUGGUUGGCUACUUCACUGGCAUUAGUUGGAUAGUCAGUCCAUACAGUAUUCCUUUUGUUAUGUACCAUACUGGUAUGGUCGCGGGUCUCCUCACAUUGCUUGUAAUUCUAGUAGCAAGCUUCAUACCUGUCAUGUGGAUACUCGAAAUCAUGUGCAGAGCUGAGGCGUUGGAGACUAUCGAAAAGAGGAAAACAAUGGCGGACAAAGAAUACGGUCGUCUGAACCUGACGGAGGUUAUGUCCUUUUGCAAGAUAAGAACUGGAAGAAGGUUUGAGCUGCAGGAGCUGUGUACGUUGUUUGUUGGAAAGCCGGCCGGUAUUGUGUGUACUGUCUUUGUCAUUGUUUAUGUCUGUAACUGGACAAAUAUCGCUAUUUCUGCUACUGCUAUUGCCACUAAUGUUCCUGUCAGUGAUCAUGGCACAUUUCUGGGACGUUGUACUGAUGAAGACUUUCACUUCCGCCUACAUCCUGUUGGCACCUGCUGGAAUACAUAUCUAUUGUCAGUACUUUUAGUUGGAGUAAUUGGUCUUGCUAUUUCUCUCACCAAGCUUGCAGAGAUGUCGAUACUUCAGACAGCAAUAGCAAUUGUUCGCUUUGCAACAUUUGGAGCUAUGAUAAUAUACAGUGUAGUGACAGCCAUAGAAGGCAAAGAUGAAAAAGAUGAUGGAAAAGUUCCAUGGUUUCAAUUUUCUUUCCAUGGACUUGUGGCCGCCAUUCCUACCAUGGUUUAUGCACACACAUCAGUUGUCGCAUUGCCAUCAAUCACAAAUCCUGUUGAUAACAAAAAUGGACUGACUAAAAUGUGGAUGGGAAUAUUCGUCACAGCAUCAAGUUUUUGUGGCAUUCUUGGUCUUACUGUUGCAAUUCGUUUUAAAUGUCAUGUAAAUGAAAUCGCAUCCCUCAAUUGGGUACCUCUUUCUGACUCAAGCAGUACUUUUGUGAAAGUGCUGUCAUAUUGGAUUGUGCUUUAUCCAUCACUGGAGCAGACCAUUCAAUAUGGAAUGGGUUCUAUUAUUUUGGCAAACACAGUGGAAUCUCAGCUGUUUGGUGGUGACAGGCAAUUUGCUAGACUUGACCAAUCUGUUCACCGGUUUCUUUGGGCAAUUAUUCGCCUUAUUCCUUCUAUUUUUGUGAGUAAUUUGGUGACUGAAUUCAAGUAUUUGAGUCUUGUCUUGUUUUUCUUGGUCUACUUUAUACCGGGUUUGCUACAGUAUCGUUCAAGAAAGAGAUGGAUGGCUGAGAUUAAAACAUAUACUGCAACUACAUUGAUAGAUCUCCAACAAGAAGAUGCAACCGAGUCAACUGCUUUGAUUGGUGAUAAGGUGGCCAUUAUAGAUGAUACUCCUUACAGUGGAUGGUAUAGUCGGCCAGUAGUUAUUCUAGUGGUGCAGUUGGUUGCCUUUCUUGCUUUCGGUCUGACUGUCACAGGUCUUGCCAUGUCUGACUAGCUGAUGUCAGUGAUUGUUAGCUAGCUGUCUACAUGGUAUGAUUUAAUAACUUUUAGGUUGAUGAACAAACUACCGGUAAACGAGUUAUAAACACA